AUGGUGCAGAGAAGCGUCUUGGCUACCGCCGCCUUCGUGGCUGGCUCGGCAGCACAGUUUGCACAGUUUUCAUCCAGCAAUUACGCAUUAGCGGUCAAUGUCCCCUCAGACACGGCCUCGUCCGGGAGCGGCUCACUAUUUUUGCAAAUCAGUGCACCUAGCGGCACCGAAUGGGUCGGGUUUGGCCAGGGCUCUGGGAUGGCGGGCGCCAACAUGCUCGUUGUGUACGCGGCUGACAGCAACAAUGUGACUGUGUCGCCCAGAUUGGGCACCGGCCAUGUUCAACCACAGUUUAACUCAGAUGCUUCGGUCUCACUGUUGGAGGGAAGUGGCAUUGCAUCAGACGGUUCACUGGUUGCCAAUAUCCGCUGCGACACUUGCCUGAGCUGGAGCGGCGGGAGCAUGAGCCCCACGGAUUCCUCAAGCAGUUGGAUCCUUGCCUACAAAACAGGAGACCCUCUUGACUCGACCGACACCUCUGCCAACAUUAAGCAGCACGAUACCACCGGCCAAUUCACCCUGGACUUGACUCAAGGUGUUGGCGGCAGCUCAUCGAACCCAUUCGUGGCAGCAUCCAGCGACAGCUCCUCGUCCUCCGCAUCCGGCUCAGCCACGCCAUCCGCCUCUGCCCCUGCCUCUGGUUCUCCAUCUGCAAGCCAAACGCCUGCCGCCACGACGGAGUCGGGGACGGCCACCGUGAGCACCGUGGUGACACCUACUGGUGGCGUGUCAAACCCUAUUGUCAGCUCCAACCCAUCCUCGUCGAGCUCAACGGUGGUUAGCCACGGGUCGGAUGACAACAUCCGAACCGCCCACGCCGUCAUCAUGCCGUUGGUCUUUGUGGUCAUGUUCCCCUUGGCGGCUUUGACGCUCUAUCUCCCCUACAGCAACAAGGUCCGACAUAUCCAUGCCCCGUUGCAAGUCCUCAGCUUGGUAUUGAUGCUUGUGGGUCUGGGUCUGGGUGUCCAGCUCGGCAAACAGGUUGACAACCUGGACGGUUACCAUAUGGUCAUUGGGUAUAUCCUGGUCGCCUGGAUGGGUGUCUUCCAACCUACUCUUGGUCUUCUCCAGCACAUCCAUUUCCGCAAAUACGGCUCCCGGAGCGCAUACGGCCAAACCCAUCGUUGGCUCGGUCGUGCGAUGAUCUUGCUCGGUGUCGUAAACGGUGGACUGGGAUUCAAGACUGCAGGAAUGAUCGGCAGCGAUGACGUUCCUACCUAUUCAGUCGUCGUCUACAGCGUCUUUGCUGCCGUCGUCUUCAUCGUCUAUCUCGUGGUGCUCUUGUUCCCAAGCUACACGCAAAACGCCGAGUCAGCCAACAACCUCGCAGGUGAAAAGCCCCGACCAAGAUCCGAAGGCUACGAGAUGCACGGUCGUUCUUCCGACGGCGGUCGACCACGCCGUGGUUGA